CCCGAGAUUAAGGUGGCGUGUAAUGAUAAUGUUUUAAAACGGGAUAAUAUUCUAAGUGACAAACAAAAGUUGCUCUCGACUAUUAUAACAGGAGUUGCCAAUACAUUGUCGAAUAUCUUGACAACAGAUUCAACUUUAGACAACAACAAACAGGGGAUCAUAAAGUCACUGAGCGAUACAGGUAGACUAUUAUGUCACUUACAUUUUUCAGAGACUCAGAGCAGGCGUAAUUUCUUGGUGCCUAGUUUAAAUAAGGAGAUCAAGGAUAAUAUUAAGGACUUAAAGCGCGAUAGUUUGCUUUUUGGUAAAGAAUUACAAGAAAGUCUGAAGUCAAUAAAAGCAAUGACUAAAACCGGAGCAGAAUUGAGACCGACUGUCACAAAGCCUAAAUGGACGCCCAAGCACCAACAGGCAGGAGCAGGACCGUCGACAUCGAGGGCUUUAAACUGGAGGGGGCAGCCGUCGUCGGCGUCGCGGCCGCCGCCUCGCCAGAGUCGCCAGACGCCAGCGAGGACGAGCUACACGCGUGGCGGGCGCAGACCGCCGCCGCCGUCCCGCCGCGCGAGCGACCGCCGAGCGCCGCCGCCGCGGCCGCACACCCGGACCUCGCGCCGCUAGCAUCGGAUGCUGAUACACAACCUCAGGCUGUGUCGAACACAAGCUGCACAGGAGCCUUACCCUGGUUGCCGGAGUGUUGUCCGGGCGGCGUUCAUGAGGCAAGGCACUCCUGCAGAAGCGGCAGACAUCAUGCUAGCGUCACUUACAGAAACCACACUUAAGCAAUAUAAUUGUUAUUUAAAGAAAUGGUAUAUAUUUUGUAAGGAAAAAUGUUAUGAUAUUUUUGAUGUCGGCGUAGCAGAAGUAUUAGAUUAUUUCACAUUACUUUUUAAUCAAGGUUGUCAAUUUGGAUCAAUUAAUACUGCGAAAGCAGUUUUGUCAUUAAUAUUGAAUAAUAAUGUUAUAAAUAAUCCAACUGUGAAACGUUUUAUGACGGGAGUAUACAAACUGCGGUCUCCAAAUCCACGAUAUGAUUUUACUUGGGACCCUUCAAUCGUUCUUAAUCAUUUAAGUUGUUGGUAUCCAAAUGAAAGCCUUUCUUACGAGCAUCUUUCUAGGAAGUUAAUAACUAUUUUGGCAUUAGUUACGGCACACCGUGUGCAAACCUUAUCGUUAAUCAAGCUAAGUAAUAUUCAUAAAUGUAAUAAGAAAUAUAUUAUUAACAUUACAGAUAAGAUUAAGACAUCCGCAGUUAAUCGCAUUCAGCCAAAACUGAUUCUGCCUUAUUUCGAUGAAAAUCAGUCAAUUUGUCCUGCAAGGACUUUAGAACGUUAUUUGGUUGUCUCAUCUACCAAUCGCCCAAGCGA